AUGUCGAAAAAAUCUGUUGACGUGCCUGAAGGGCUGCGCGAGCUACUUCAGGCUUUCACAGUUGCUGUCCUCCGUGCUAAGCCGGCAAAUUUAAUUGAUUUUGCCGUGGAGUAUUUUGAAAUGAAAAAGAAUGAACAGAGAGAAAACAAUGAUGUAGAGAGCGAUGAGGAAGUUAUUGCUCCCCCAAUCGGGUCGAGGCGCCGACAGGGAGUCGCGGCAGAGAGCUAUGACCCUGAAAAGGAAGACAAAUUUGAGAAAGUGGUCCACGAAAAGACUGAGGAACAGCGACAACGGCUUACUAAUGCUACCAAAGGGAUUCUUCUAUUCCGGUGUCUCGACGAGGACCAAAUGCGUGACGUCAUCGACGCCAUGUUCGAAAGAAAAGUGGAGGCUGGCGAAAGGGUCAUUACUUUUGGUGAAGAUGGAGACAAUUUUUAUGUAAUCGAGGAGGGGAAUUACGAUAUUAUUGUGAAGGUUAAGGGUGUUGAGAAAAAAGUCGGGCAAUAUAAUGGUAGCGGUUCUUUUGGCGAACUUGCCCUUAUGUACAAUACGCCGCGGGCAGCUACAAUUCAAGCGACCACACCCGGAAUUGUGUGGGUCAUGACCCGGGAUGUGUUUAUGAAAAUUGUUUUGAAAAGUGCUUUCAACAAAAGAAAAAUGUAUGAGGAUUUACUCAAUCAGGUUCCCAUCCUUAAGAGCCUCAGUGUCUAUGAACGGACUAGCAUCGCUGACGCUCUGCAUACACAAAUUUUCGAGGAGGGUGCUAAAAUUAUUAGCCAAGGCGAAGAGGGCGAGGAAAUGUAUUUUGUUGAGGAUGGUGAGGUUCGAAUCACCAUGAAGAAGUCCGGAUGUGAUGAAGAGACAGAACUUACGCGCAUCAAGAAAGGUGGCUAUUUUGGUGAACUUGCUCUCCUGACAAAGUCCCCGCGUGUUGCUUCUGCCUAUGCAGCUACUCGAACUAAACUUGCCGUUCUUGAUGUAGGCAGUUUUGAACGCCUUCUCGGACCUUGCCUUGAAAUUCUUCAACGCAACAUAGACAACUAUGAAAACCAACUGAAGGCGGUUUUCGGCAGUUUGGAUAAUGUACCCGAGUUACGCCAUUAA